UUCCCAGUCUGAUACCACUGUUUCGGGCAUGUUGAUAUGUUCUGUAGGUCUCACAAAGCCCGACCUAGAGGCUCAUCAGAAGCUGCUUCCGCCCCCGUUGCUGAAAGGCCUUCUCCGAAACUUGUUGGGUUGCUGAGCUGGGUCUGUAAUGCCCAGCAACUACACGGCGUACCACCAGAGGACCAUACAGGUAGGUCCAUACCGCCGUUUUUCUUGCUGGUUGCUGCUGUCUUGUCCUUUAGAGUUUUUAUUUAGUCUUUUCGUCAGGUUUCGCAGUGGAUGUGUGGACGGCAGAAGCCAAAAAGAAAAGAAAAAACUCGACUGGUUCUCGUCUAAAAGAGAAGCUUUCGUGGUACCAGGAAACACACCUUUUGGCCCAGAUACAUGACGAGUGAGGUGAGAGAGGCAUCUCCGUUGCCAACGCGCCAGGGCAUUAAAUCAAUCCAAAUCGCCCUGCUUAUUCUCAUGUGAAAGCAUCAGACAACAACGUCUUUCGAUUAUCUCAAACUCUGAGCGUGAGAAACACUGCCAGCCAACCCAACUAUUCACGAUCCAGACAUACCAUAUCAACACCUCACACAUCACAAAUCACACACUACGUAUCAAUACAUUGCAGUUCCGGCCUCCAGAGUUCAUAACCGAAAGACAGAUAUACACAAUGGCCGCCAGAUAUCCCCCCGGCUUUCACAAUUACCUUGGUGAAUUGCCCAAUACCAUGGACUUCCUCGACCAAGUCGCCCAGUCGGACCUAGAUCCCGAGAUCAUCGAACGGGCCAAGACCCUACACCGCCGUGCCCACGCCUGUGCGACCUCGGGCGACAUCUACGCCGCGCGAGGGCUCCGCCGUGAGGUUGAGGACAUCCACGUCGAGAUCCACAAGGUCGCCAGCUACCGCGCCUUCAUCGGCCGCCUCGAGGAGGCCGACACUGCGAACUUGCUCGCAUGCUACCUUCCCGAGCGUGCCUGGGCUCGAGAUUGGGCUCGGGCGCCCGGCUCCGCCAAUGCGUGCGAGUUCUGCCACUGGGCGGCCACCAGAGACCAGGCCAUGGACUGCGAGCUUCUCGCGAUUCCCCUGGUUGCCGUCCUCGACAGGUACGUCGACGAACGACGCCGCUACUGCCAUUGGCUCCGGAGGCUGGUGGCGGUCGUCGACGAGGACCACAACUUGCCCCCGCGCAGGGCCCCCAUCGACAACUACAUUGUCCGCGUCGCCGAGUACAGCCGCGCGCGGGGCCCCGCCGACAACGUCUGGACCUACAACCGCAUUGUCGCCACCAUGCGGGAGACGCGCGCCCGCAUCGACGGCACCCAGGCCAACGGGCGCCAGCUGCUGCGGAACGGGUGGCAGGGCGCGAUCGGGAAGAUGGACCGCGACUCCGCCACCGCCCCGGCCCGGGUCCGAGCCUUCCUCACGCCGGCCCAGACCUCGGAGCUGACGGAGGCCAUCCACUACGACGCGAGGCUGUACUACGUCGCCCGGUUCGAAAUCGUCGAGGGUGGGCGGUGCGUAGACCAGCGGCCGCGCCGCUGGGUGCUCGAACACCUGCGGGCGCACCCGCCCAACGUCCACCGGGACCGCUUCUUCGGGGGCCCGCUGCUGACCCUCGAAUCCAUCUGGCCGCUGUAUGAGGUGGACGAGCGCGCGGGCGUGUGGGUGUGGUGCCUGUGGGACGAGACGGGCCCCGAGCGCUGGCACAGGCUGUUCGUCGGCCUCCUGGACGGGGGCGACGUGGACCUCCACGACAUGGUCGUCUUGAACCAGAGAGACGAGUGGGCCCGGGACAUUGCCAUCAGAUGGCUAGACCAGGAGAGGGCGCGAGAGGAUCGAGAGAACGAGACGGGCGGCGAUUACUCCGAUGACCAGGGCUCUGACCGUGGCCCCGUUACAGGCGUGGACGCAUCAUUGUACAAUGCCGACGACGAGGCCGAGUCUUCUGAGGAUGCGGCGGAAGAUGAAUACAACAAGGACGACGAUGACGAUGACGACGACCUCAGCCCGCAGCUCGCCUACGCCGAGAUGCACAGUCACGUCCUGGACCGGGACCGCAUGAGCCAGCCGGGCGAGUUCUCCAAUCUCGAUUGGGAGGGCGACGGGUGGGUUGACGGGUACUCGGUCCACGGCUCGGAUGGUGACGAGUGGGAUGACUCGGACCUGAACGACGCCUCUGGUGGCGAGGAAUGGGACGACUACUCCGGCGGCUCUGAAUCCGACUUGGACGAGGGCGAGUGGGUUGAGUCCGACUCUGGCUCUGACUCUGGCUCUGACUCCGACUCAGACUCCGACCCCGACUGGAAUGAUGAAGACGAGGGGGAGAUGGCGUCGGGGAGCGAUAUCGGGCCGCUGAUGGGCCCCGGUACCACGCUGGCUGAGGUCAUGGCUGCUUGCCGUGGGCGCGACGCUCGCGAGGGGGGGACUGGCCGAAGUCGUUGAUGUGUCUC